GAUCUCUUCUCAGGAAACCAUGUUCAGGUUAUAAACUAAAGGAGAUGACAGGGAGUGGAAUUUUUGCAUCAUCCGGAGAAGAUGACUUGCUAGAGUCUGAAAACCCAAACACUACCACUCCCAGCAACAAAACUGGACUCCGAAUGUAUCAGGUUGCUUCUGGGGUGAGCCAGAUUUCGUUUGGGGAGGAAGAAGCUGUCUCAACGAAGAAACCAACCACACUGCCUGAAGUGGCGAAGCAACGGGAGCUUAGUGGAACUCUUGGGAUUGAAUCAGAUUCGAAGUUGAACAAGCAGAUUUCUGAAGCAAAGAACAAAGAGCUCAGCGGUCAUGACAUCUUUGCUCCACCACCUGAGAUUAAGCCCCGGCCAUUGGCUGCUCGGGCAUUAGCAUUAAGAGAGAGCAUUUCAAUUGGAGAACCGGCUCCUAAUCAUAAUGUGGAAGCAAGCGAAGAAGCAGUUUGCAAGACAGCGAAAAAAAUUCCAAACCAGAAGCUUGCAGAGCUUUCAGGAAAUGGCAUCUUCAAGGGAGAUACUCCCCCAACAUCUGCAGAUAAGCAUCUGAGCUCGGCAAAGCUGAGAGAGAUGAGUGGCAGUAACAUCUUCGCCGACGGAAAAGUAGAAUCUCGGGACUACUAUGGUGGGGUCCGCAAGCCCCCGGGUGGUUCGAGCAGCAUUGCACUCGUGUGACUUGUUAAUUAUUAGUAGGUCGAUCUCUAACUCAAAACCAAACCGGUUCGUUCAUAUAAAUUACAACUGCUUGGUUAUUCGUGUGGUCCUUUUUCUUGUUUUUUUUCUUAAAAUUUGAUGUGUCAAUGUGGGUUGUGUUUGCUGGAGUUGUGUGUUAGAGUUUUAUUAACAAGUCAACCAUAGGUUGGAGAACUGUGAACCGCUUAAGCUAAUUGGGUUGUCUUGUUCAUAAAAUCUGUGCUUUUGU